AUGGCGGCGCCCGGCCAGCCGUCCCCUCAGCAGAUUGCGGCCAUGCAACAGCAGUUCGCCGCCGAAGCUGCUAGGCGCGGACUGACCCCCGAGGAAUUUGCCAAACAGCAGCGCGAACAGCUCACUGCAGAGGCAGCCAAGCACGGAAUGACCACCGAACAAUAUGUCACUCAGCUGAGAAUGCGAGCUCUUGCCGCUCACCAGAGACAAGUCGAGGCUCAACGACAAGCUGCUCAAGCCCAAGCGCAGGGCCAGCCACAAGGGCAAGGGCAAGCACCUCCUCAAUCGCCAGCCCAACCAGGACAGAACCUGCCAGCACCCCCACAACCUCAACCCCAGCAGGUGACCCGUCAGGUCCCCGUGAACCCUAACAACCCUCCUGAUCCGAAGGCGCUCGCUGUUGCCGCGUUCCUGCGAUCGCAGAACCUGAAGACACGGACGUGUAUCAUGGACGGGCAGCGGAAGGAGAUGUUCAAAGUGAAACGUGCCAUUCGCGCCAUCGAGUCCCCAGCUUACGCCAAGGCGGCUGCCAAAAAGAACUCUCUUCUUCCUCCAGUCACCGAUCGCGCCUCGGCAGAGAACGUCUUUAAGCUUCUUCCCCUAUCACUUCUUGCUCUGCGCGUGACCAAAGUCGACCCCCAUGCAGGCCACAACCAUGGCAAGUCCAAGAACCGUGUCAAGGGACUGUGGACGGUGCGCAUCGAGCAGCACCAAGAAACCGAUCCUAUGAUGCACUACGUCUGGCUGUGGGAAGGUCCGCAGUGGAAGCAGAAGGUUAUGGCCGCGGCUGUAGUAGCAGGUAUCUUUGCGGUGGUGCUCUUCCCCCUGUGGCCGAUGAUGCUGCGUCAGGGUGUCUGGUACCUGAGUGUGGGCAUGAUGGGUCUGCUGGGAUUGUUCUUCGCCAUGUCCAUUUUCCGUCUUAUUCUGUUCUGCAUCACAGUUAUUGCGGUUCCCCCUGGUCUAUGGCUGUUCCCCAACCUGUUCGAAGAUGUUGGGUUCGUGGAUAGUUUCAAGCCCCUGUGGGGUUGGCAAGAGACCAAGAAGAAAAAGUCCAAGAAGUCCAAGAACGUAGGAGGCGAGGAAUCCCAAGCCGCAUCCGCUCCGUCCGCCACUACAACAGCAACAGCAGCCCCGGAUACUUCAGGCACCGUAAAGCGAGACCUUGCGGCGCGCGUGGAGGAAAUCACCGAAGAGUAA